GGAGAACCCACUUCUACAGAUUGGUGCGAGAAAAAUUAUGAAGUAACUUACUAUAUCGCAGAAUUUUAUAAUACCAUCUCUUCGUUAUGUCUCAUCUUCAUGGGAAUAUUUGGCUCUAUAAUGCAUGCCAAAGGUUUUGAUUAUAGAUUUACAUUAUGUUUAGAAC